AUGAUGGAUCCACAUCUCAAUGGGUUUUGUGGUUCCACGAAUGAGAUCCGGUUUGGGAAUCAAUCUUUUCCGGUUAUUCAGAAUCAGAGAUUUGAAUUUGGUUCCAAUUUGGCAGCGGCUGAUUGUACGCCUUCUUCGACAAUAACCUCGGUUUCGACGCACGAGGAACAGUCUCCUGAGGACUGUGAGUUUUCUGAUGCUGUUUUGAAUUACAUUAAUAACAUCCUUAUGGAAGAAGAUAUGGAAGAUAAAACAUGUAUGCUUCAAGAUUCUUUAGAUCUUCAAAUUGCUGAGAAAUCAUUCUAUGAAGUAAUAGGCGAAAAGUACCCGGUUUCGGUUUCGCCAUUAGGACUACUUACAAGUGUUUGUAAUCAAAAUGAGUAUGUUGGAGAUAGUAACUUCUUUGAUGAUUAUGGUACUUGUGUUGAUGAUGGUGAUCUUAGUUGCAUUUUUACGAAGAAUUCUUUUCGUGGAAACUCGAGGGAAAUUCAGUUUCCUCAACCAGAUUUUCAAGGAAAUAGUGUUUCACAAUCAUCUCAUAGCUCUACAAAUAGCGUAAAAAGUACUGUGGAAGGGCUUUUGGAUUCUCCAGAUAGUAUUUUACAUGUUUCGGAUCAGAUUAGCGGGAGUCAACCGAUUUUGCAAUUUCAAAAGGGCGUUGAGGAGGCUAAUAAGUUUCUCCCAAGUGGAAAUGGCCUCUUUCAAAAUUUUGACGGUUCUAAGUUUUCGAUACUAGAGCCUGAAUCGGUGAGAGAUGAAUUAUCAGUUAAGGUGGAGAAGGGUGAGAGAGAGUCCUUUCUUUCUAAGGGAAGGAAGCAUCAUUACGACAAUGAGGGAGACGUCGAAGAAAACAGAAGCAGCAAGCAAGCGGCGAUUUACUCGGAUCCUAUGUUGAGGUCAAAUCUGGCCGAUGCGAUCCUGCUUCAUAGUUUAGGAGAUGGUAAGAAGCAUUUUACGGCUCGUCGCGAGGCCUUGCAAACUAAGAACAAUAUGGUGCCAAGUAAUAAAUCGAAAGCUCGUACUAGUGGAAAAGGACGAGGUAAAGGUAAAAAACAAAACGGAAAAAAGGAAGUGAUUGAUUUGAGAACACUGCUUGUUCUUUGUGCACAGGCUGUUGCAGCAGACGAUCAUAAAAGUGCGCACGAAUUGCUAAAGCAUAUCAGGCAACACUCGAACCCUUUCGGAGAUGGAAAUCAGCGGUUGGCUCAUAUAUUUGCCGAUGGCCUCGAGGCACGUUUGGCUGGUACUGGAAGCCAAAUUUAUAAAGGACUAAUCAGUAAAAGAACAUCUGCUGCCAAUUAUCUGAAAGCUUAUCAUCUAUACCUUGCUGCUUGCCCUUUUCGAAAGAUGACUAGUUUCGUCUCAAAUGUUACUAUAAUGAACUCUUCGGCAAGUUCAACAAGGGUCCAUAUUGUAGACUUUGGCAUCCUCUAUGGUUUCCAAUGGCCUACCUUUAUACAAAGACUUUCGUUACGAUUGGGAGGACCACCAAAGCUUCGGAUUACAGGAAUAGACUUUCCACAACCUGGUUUCAGGCCCGCAGAGAGAAUUAUAGAGACCGGAAAGCGCUUGGCAGCAUAUGCUGAAACUUUUAAAGUGCCAUUUGAGUACAAUGCCAUAGCGAAAAAGUGGGAGACCAUUCAGUUCGAGGAACUCAAGAUCGACAAAGACGAAUACCUUGUUGUUACCUGUUUUUAUCGCGGUAAAAACUUGCUGGAUGAAUCCGUCGUAGUAGACAGUCCAAGGAACAAAUUCCUCAAUUUGAUAAGGAGGAUCAAACCUGAUAUAUUCAUUCACGGCAUUACGAACGGAGCCUUUAAUGCGCCAUUCUUUGUUACUCGGUUUAGAGAGGCGUUAUUUCACUUCUCUUCACUUUUCGAUAUGCUCGAAAGUAUUGUGCCUCGCGAGGAUUGGGAAAGGAUGCUAAUUGAGAAAGAGAUAUUUGGGAAGGAAGCAUUGAAUGUUACAGCUUGUGAAGGUUGUGAGAGAGUAGAGAGACCAGAGACAUAUAGGCAGUGGCAAGUUCGUAUUCUCCGAGCCGGGUUUUCACAACUAACUUUCGGCAAAAACACGGUAGAAAGGGCAGUGCAGAAAGUAAGAACUAGCUACCACAAAGAUUUUGUAAUCGACGAAGAUAGCAAGUGGCUAUUGCAAGGUUGGAAAGGGCGAAUUGUGUUCGCCCUUUCGUGUUGGAAACCUGCUUGA